AUGAGAGCGGUUCGGUUCCACGGGCGCCGCGACAUCCGCGUCGACCAGAUUGACGAACCAUCUUGUGCAGAAGGGCAGGUUAAAAUCCGCCCUGCCUUUGUUGGAAUAUGCGGCAGUGAUCUACACGAAUACCUCUCUGGCCCAAUCGCCAUCCCGACAACACCCCACCCCCUCACAGGAGCACAGCUCCCCGUUACGCUGGGCCACGAAUUCAGCGGCACCAUCGAGGAAGUAGGGCAAGGUGUUACAGGGUUCAAAGUUGGAGAUCGAGUGGCUGUCCGGCCAAACUUAUCGGAUGGAACCUGCGCCUCUUGUGUAUACGGGAGGCCCAACUGCUGUCGCAGCCUUGGGUUUAUUGGGUUCAGCAGUAAUUCCGGAGGUCUAUCAGAUUAUGUUACUGUUCCAGCCAAGCAUGCGAUUCUGUUGCCUGAGAGCGUCCCCCUGGAUCUUGGUGCGCUCGUCGAGCCUCUAACAGUAGCCUGGCAUGCCGUAGCCCGCAGCCCCCACGAAACUGCGCGUACUGCGCUCGUCGUCGGCGGCGGCCCCAUAGGCCUCGCAGUCGUGCAGGUCCUCAAAGCCCGGGGCGUGCAAACCGUCGUCGUCGCCGAGGUCUCCACCCAGCGACGCGAAUAUGCGCUCACCCUCGGCGCCACACACGUUUUCAACCCUCUCACGGACGAUGUCGUUGCGCGUGUCCGCAGCUUAACGGAUAAUGCAGGCGCAGACAUCAGCUUUGAAUGCUCAGGAGUACAGGCAGGGUUCGAUACAGCCAUGAAUGGAAUCCGGGUCCGGGGGACGACGACGAUUGUGUCGCUCUGGGAGAAAAAGCCCAUGAUCGAUGCGUUUGAUGUGGUUUCUUAUGAGAAGCAUGUUAUUGGGGCGGCAAUUUGCGACGACGGGGACUUUGAGGCUGUGAUCGGGGCCAUCAAAGACGGCAAACUCAAUCCCCGUCCCAUGAUCACUAGCAAGAUCCGGAUGGAGGACGUCGAAGAAAAGGGCUUCAAGGCGCUUGUCGACGAGAAAGAUAAGCAUGUAAAGAUCCUGAUUGACAUUGCCGCAUGA